AACGUUCUUCUCAAUUAAUUAAUUUCUAAGACUAAAAAUCCCAAACGAUACGCACACCAAAAUAAUUAACAAAUAAAAACAGAUACUUUUCCAAUCAAUCAAAUGAAAUCACCCAAGAAAUCAUUUAUUUCCUUUUUUAAUCAAUUAAUUUAAAUUUGAAAUUUGGACCUUCUUUUAUUAAAAAAAACGUAUAAAUUCAAUGGUUGAGUUGGAAACCCCAAACACAAGAAAAAAAAAUUAAUAAAAAAAAACAUUUCACCAAUAAUUGUACUCCUUCUUUUUCAGCGUGACAACCACCCUCCAAAGGCUUACAAUAAACAGUAGAAAAGCAAGGAAUAAAAGCAAAGAAAAAAAAUACAGAGGAGAGAGAAAAUCAAAUCAAAAAAUAAAAAAGUUCAUAUAGUUUUAGAGAGAGAAAGCGAGUAGAGAUCCAACGGUAAUGGGGUGAACAAUUCUUCUACUGGGUGAUUUUUGUUAAACUGUUGACAAAUCAAAUUUUCUGGUAUACUUGACAUUGUGAAAUUGAGAUAGUUUUGGUGGUGCAAAAUGGCCAAGAGUAAAGACAUGUAUUCUUGGUGGUGGGACAGCCAUAUUAGCCCUAAGAAUUCUAAAUGGCUGCAAGAAAAUCUUACAGAUAUGGAUGGUAAAGUGAAAAUAAUGAUUAAGCUCAUCGAAGUUGAUGAAGAUUCUUUUGCAAGGCGUGCUGAAAUGUAUUAUAAGAAACGUCCUGAGCUUAUGAAGUUAGUUGAGGAAUUUUAUCGUGCAUAUCGUGCUUUAGCUGAAAGAUAUGAUCAUGCUACGGGGGUGAUACGCCAAGCUCAUAAAACAAUGGCUGAAGCAUUUCCUAAUCAAGUUCCGUUUCUCAUGACCGAUGAUGCACCUGUGAAUGGUACCCAAGAUUCUGAACCCCGUACACCUGAAAUGCAGGCUCCUAUCCGAGCUUCAUUCGACCCUGUUGAAUUACAAAAGGGUGCAUUGGGUUUAUCUUCGUCAGAUUUGGUUAAAGCAAGUGGAACAUUCACAAGUGAGUCUGAUGGUGUAGUUUGUAGAAAGGGAUCAAAGCUGCUGAACGGGUUAGGGAAGGCAAGAAAAGUUUUGAGUUUUCAAGAAGCGGAGGAAAACGAAGCUGCGAAAAGUAUCGAGAAGCAUCACGAUGAGGAUGAUGCUUUGUCUGAAUCCGAGAGAUUAGGAAAAUCAGAGACUGAUAUCAAGGUUCUGAAAGACGCCCUCGCCAAAUUAGAAGCCGAGAAGGAAGCUGGUUUGCUUCAGUAUCAGCAGACCGUGGAAAGAUUGUCGAAAUUAGAGUCAGAAGUCUCGCAAGCAAAGGAGAAUUCCGAAGGACUUAGCAAACGAGCAAGUGAAGCAGACGCUGAAGUGCAAAGCUUGAAGGAUGCCCUAGAAAAGGUUGAAGCAGAACGGGAAGCUAGCUUGCUUCAGUAUCAGCAAUGCCUCGACAGGAUAUCCAACAUGGAGAACCAUAUAUCUCGUGCAGAAGAAGAUGCUUGCCGUCAUAAUGAACGAGCUUGUAAUGCUGAAAGAGAGACCGAAAUGUUGAAGAACGAGCUUUCUCAAGUGAAAGUUGAAAAAGAAGCUCUUCUUUCCAAGUACAUGGAAGCUUUAGAAAAGCUGGCGAGUUUGGAGAAUAAAUUGUUGCUAGCGGAGGAUUAUGCGAGCAGGACUUGUGAGAGAGCUGACAGAGCUGAAAAGGAAGUCGAAGUUUUGAGGGAAACUAUAACGAGAUUAACGGAAGAGAAGCAAGCCGCUGUUCUUGAACACGAGCAGUGUUUGGCGAAGAUUGUUAUGUUGGAACGUAAAAUCGUUCUCAUGCAGGAAGAGGCCGAGAAACUCAAAGCUGAGAUUGAAGUUGAGGUUACCAAGUUAAAGGGAAGUGAAGAGCAAUGUAUUCUGUUGGACCGGUCAAAUAAGUCGUUGCAGUUUGAGGUGGAAAUGUUAGGACAGAAAGUGGGUGAUCAGAACCAGGAGUUAUCUGAAAAGCAGAAGGAAUUAGGUAGACUUUGGACUUGCCUGCAAGAAGAGCGGAUGCGUUUUAUGGAGACGGAAGCUUCUUUUCAGUCGCUCCAGAAUAUGCACUGUAAAGUCCAGGAGGAGCUAAGGUCUGUCACUGCUGAGCUGCAGAAGAAUGUUAAAAUUUUGACGGCCUCUGAAAACCAGAAGCUUCGUUUAGAAGACGAAGUUCAGAAGGUGAAGGAUGAGAACAAGAGCCUGAAUGACCUUAAUACGUCCUCAGAAGUUUCGAUUAGAAGUAUGGAAGAACAGAUCUUUGACUUGAAGGACGGAAAAUUGAAGCUGGAACAAGAACUCGAGCUACGACUUGAUCAGAAGAAUGCUCUUCAGCAGCAAAUUUAUGGUUUGAAGGAGGAAAUAAAUAGUCUGACCCAGAGACACCAAGAUGUAUUGAGGCAGGUGGAAUCGGUGGGCUUUAAUUCAGAGUGCUUUGGUUCUUCCGUGAAAGCGUUGCAGGACGAGAAUACGAAGCUCAAAGAAAGUUACCAGAGCAGUGAGAUAGAGUUAGCUGCUGUAAUGGAGAAGCUGAAGUUAAUGGAAAAGCUUGUUGAAAAGAAUGAACAACUAGAGAAAUCUAUGUCGAAUUUGAACGCUGAGUUAGAAGCCGCAAGAAAGAGGGUGACGGAGUUGGAGGAUUCCGUCCAAAUGCUUCUAGGUGAGAAGUCCACACUAGUUGCCGAGAAGGGUUUUCUGAUAUCUCAGUUACAGAUUACUACUGAAAAUUUAGAAAAACUCUCGGAACAUAACGCUUUCUUGGAGAACUCUCUUUUCGAUGCUAGUGCUGAACUCGAAAUGUUGAGGGUGAAGUCUAAGAAUCUCGAAGAUUCAUGCAAUUUACUGGAUGAUCAGAAUUCUGCCCUUUUGGCAGAGAAGUUGACAUUGGAAUCUGAGUUGGAAACAACACAUUGUAAGUUAGAAGAAUUGGGCCGGCAGCAUUUAGACUUAGAGCAGCGGUUCACAGGCCUGGAGGACGAGAGACAAUCCACACUUCGGAUGGUACAAGAAUUGCAGGUAUGCUUAGAUACCGAAAAGCAAGAGCAUGCUAACUCAAAUCGGUUGAGUCAGACCCAAGUGGCUGAUUUGGAAAACCAGAUUCAUCUUCUACAAGAGGCAGGCUACCAUAUGCAAGAGGAGUUCGAAGAAGAACUAGAUAAAGCUGUUAAUGCUCAGUUUGAAAUCAUUCUCUUGAGGAAAUGUAUACAAGAUCUGAAAGAUAAGAAUUCUACAUUGCUGACAUACUCUGAGAAACUUCUGGAAGCAUCAAGGUUGUCUGAGAAACUCAUUUCCGAACUUGAGCAGCAGAAUCUCGGUAAGCAGGAUGAAGCUCAGGUAUUAUCUAGUCAAGUACAAGGGUUGAGGAUGGGUAUAUUCCAUUUAUUACAUGCACUUGAAGCUGAUGCGGGUUCUUUGGGCGAUGGUUGUGGCAACAAUGAUCAGAGAGUUAUCAGCCUGGCAAUCGGAAAACUUGAUGAUAUUAAAACAUCCCUGUACAAAGCUUGGGAUGAGAAUCAAGAGCUUAUUAUCGAGAAGUCUGUUUUUCUUGCAAUGAUUCGUCAGCUUAAAAAAGAUUUGGUGGACCUGAAUGGUGUUAUCCGCACCCUCAGGCAGGAGGUUGAGAGCAGGAACGAGGAAGUGGUCGUACUCCAGAAGGAGACACAGAAGCUUCUGGAGAAUAACGAAGAGUUGAUUCUCAAAGUCAGAGAGGGGGGUCAGAAAGAAGUUGUUCUUUGUACUGAAAUGGAAGCCCUUCGGGAGAAGCUGUUUAGUUUGCAAGGGGCUUACGAGGAUCUACAGAAAGAGAACAGCAAGGUCAUUGAGGAAAAAGGGUCUCUGAUGAAGGCGGUUGAAGUUUUGGAAGCGGAGAAGUACAAUCUAGAAGACGAGUGCUCUUGUAUGGUUGGCGAAGUUGUUACACUAGACAAUCUUUCGUUUAUAUUCAAGAAAGUCAUCGCUGAGAAAGCGAAGAAAGUCGUAGAGUUGACUUGGAAUAUAGACAAGCUUUGCACUGAAAACGAUAUCCUUGAGGACAAAGUGAGAAUCAUAGAGAGCAGAUUGGAAGAUGCUCGGAGUAAAAACAUUGAUUUUGAGCUUUCAUUGAAGAAGUCCGAAGAUGAACUGAAAGAAGUGAGGGUUGCAAAUGAUAAGUUGAAGGGUGAAAUAGUUAAUGAAAAGAACCUUCUUUGCUUGAAAGAAAAGGAGCUUCUAGAAGUGGAGUCAAUGAAGGAGAAUCGGGAGAUCCAAGUACUUGAAUUAUCCAAAAAUUAUGCUGAGCAACUGAAAGAAUGUGAAGACCUUCACGAACUUAUUCAGAAUCUCAAGUCACAGAUAUUCAUGAUGCAGAGGGAACACGAAGCGAGUGAAGCGAGAAUACAAGUUCUCACUUCAGAACUGCAGAACGGAAAAGACGAGGUAAAACUAUGGGAAACUGUUGCAGGAGCUUUCUUCACCGAGUUACAGAGUUCUAGUGUACGUGAAGCAUUGAUUAAAGCAAAGUUUUCCGAGCUUUUGAAAGCAUAUGAGAUCCUUGAAGAAGAAAGUCAUUCCAAAUGUGUCGAUAUCAUUCAGUUGAAAGAAAGAGUUGGGACCCUGGAAGGUGAAAAUUCGGAAAUCAAAGCUCGUUUGGCUGCAGAUCUCUCGGCUAUUAUGUCUCUGAAAGAUUCCUUGGCAUCUCUCGAGGACCAUGUUAAAUGGAAUAAGAAGAUCCACAAGACGGACGAUGAGGAUGCCAAGGACAAUCGUAACUUGAGUGAAGAACAGCAGAUUGUGUCUGUCAACUUUCAUGAUAUCCAGACUAAGAUCCAAGAUGUGGAAAAGGCAGUUAUAGAGCUAAAGCAUCAAGCAGAAGAGGAAAAUUCUAGUGUCCGCUCUGAACUAGACUCAGCAUUACGACAAAUCGAGGCGUUAAAAUCUCAGAGCAGCUCACGCCGUGGGAGUGGAAGAUUAAGUAGGCGUGUUUUGUCACAUUUAGAGGAAAACAAGCCUCAGAAAACAAGUGCUCUUGAUGGGUCACAACCCGAAGAAGAGCUUCUGAUGAAAGACAUCAUGCUUGAUCAGGUUUCUGAUUGCUCAUCCUACGGUAAAAACAGAAGAACUAAAGGAUCAGACAAUCAGAUCCUAGAGUUAUGGGAAACCAUUGAUCAAGCAGGCAGCAUUGACCUUACAGUUGGGAAGCCUGGCAGAGCACCAAUGGUUGUUCCGAGCAAGUAUUCUCAUCUUGAGUCGGUAAAGGAGAAUAGGAGUGGCCGUCCUUCUAUAGAAUCGAUGGUAGAGAAGGAACUGAAAGUAGAUGAUCAACAGAUGAAUUCUAAGAGAUAUCUGAAUCCUGAUUUUAAAGACAGCAAGAAAAAGACCUUAGAGAGGGAUGAUCAACAUUUGGUGUCGAAGAGGUUUUUGAAUACCGAGUUGGAGGAUAGCAAGAGAAAGACCUUAGAAAGGCUUGCCUCGGACGUUCAGAAGUUAACAAACCUACAGAUAACUGUGCAAGAUUUGAAGGAAAAAUUGGAAGUGACCGAUUAUUCUAGCAAGGGGAAGGGCGUUGAAUAUGAAGGGGUCAAGGAUCAGCUUGUGGAAAGUGAGAAUACGAUCCUAAAAUUGUUCGAGUAUAGUGCAAAAAUAAUGAAGAACAUAGAAAAUUCCUCAACAGCAUCAUCAUUUGAUGGCUCCGUUAAUAGCUCAGUUACGGCUGAUUCAUCAGAAGGAGGGGGUGGCAAGAGGAGACGAUGUUUGGAGCAAGCACGAAGAAUAUCAGAGAAGAUCGGAAGAUUACAGCUUGAAGUGCAGAAGUUACAGUUUCUUCUAAUGAAACUAGACAAUAACAAAGUAAGCAAAGGUGGGACCCGAGUAACUGAGCGAAACACACGAGUUCUCUUACGAGACUAUCUAUAUGGUGGAUCACGGACUCCACGCAGACGGAAGAAGACUCAUUUCUGUGGAUGUGUGCAGCCUCACACUAGAGGAGACUGAGGUUGGUAAUGUGUUUUAAGCUUAGGAAUUUGACCCUUUAGCUGUUAUUUUAAUCUUUUUUACCAUCUUUUUGAGAACUUAUUGAUUUACAUACAUAUAUUCUCUUUGUUUUUAUGGGAAAGAGAAUCUGGUGUACAAUAUGCUUACAUGAUAGGCUUUUUUUAGAGCUUAAUCUUUAAACAAGUUUCUGCUGCUAAGAACCUGGUAUCUCCAUGGUACGAGGCUUAGGAAUAAAAACAGUUGUUAGAAUGAUUAAAGCUUGUUCGCAGUUCAUUUAUUCAACUCAUUGAAGUAAAACACAUAACAAUACAUGGUACGA